AUGAUGACAUCAUCUGUUGCCUCCUUCCUCAAGCCCCUGACCCCCGCACCCAAGCCCGCCUCAAAAUGGGACCAAGCUGCGCCCCCCGACCCCGCCGCCGCCGCCGAGGCCGCCACCGAGGCGCUGGGCGCCGCGCACGGCGACGCGGCAGUGUUGCUGGGAGAGCUACGGGGGCUGGGUGAUGAGGAGGUGGAGCGGCGCUGCCGCCUGGCCGGGCUCGCGGCGAAGGGCGGCAGAUGGAUGUGCAUCCACCGCCUGAUGGCGCUGGAUCAGUACGUUCACGGCGACAGCCGCGGUACGCCCGCCACCGGUACCGCCGGCACCGCUGAAGCAGCCGGCGACACGGGCGACGCACCGCCGCAGCAGGAGCAGCAGGGGCAGCAGCAGCAGCAGCGGGAGGAGGAGGCGCAGCAGCCGGAGCGGCAGGCGCAGCAGCAGCAGGAGCAGCAGCAGCAGGAGCAGCCCGCGCCGCGCCCGGCGCCGGCGCUUCCUAUGUCCCGGUGGGAGGAGGUGGACGAGGAGGAGGACCGGCAGCAGCAGCCGGCGGUGCCGAUUAGUAAGUGGCUGGCGGCGGAGCAGGAGGCGGCGGCGGCGCGGGAGGCGGCGGAGGCGGAGGCGGCGGCCGCCGCGGCGGCGCGGGAGCUGGAGGCGGCGCUUGAGCGGGAGCAGCGGGAGGAGGCGGAGCGGCGCGCGGCGGCGGAGCGCGAGGCGGCGGCGGCGGGCGCGGCGGCGGAGGAGGAGCGGCGGCGGCGGAUGCGGAAGAUCGAGGGGGAGCUGCUGGUUCUGAGGGAGCAGCUGGAAGAGGAGGGGGCGCCCCCAGAUCUCGUGGAACAGAGGAUCGCGGCCGCCAGAUCCGACCUCCUCGCCCGGCUGGAGCUGCAGGAGCAGCAGCAGCAGGAGGCGGAGCAGCAGCAGCAGCAGCAGCAGCAGCCGGAGGAAGGCGCUCAGCAGCAGCGGGCAGACAACGGCAGGAGCGCUGGCAGCGUUCGGGAGCGGGGGCACGAAUCGCUCAGGCGGGGCGACGGCAGCCGCGAGCAGCAGCGAGAGGAGCGGGGCGGCAGGGGGCGCAGCCGCAGCCGAAGCCGCAGCAGGGGGGCGGCCUCGGAAAAGAGGGGCGAGCGCGAGUCGCAGCCCGGGGGCGGCGGCGCCCUGCGACGAGGCAGCGACCGGGGCCGCGAGCGCCGCAGCCGGAGCCGCAGCCGCAGCCGCGACCGACGGAAGCGCAGCCGCAGCCGCGACGAACGGGAUCGGCGGCGCCGCGGCGGCAGCAGGAGCCGCAGCAGGAGCAGGAGCAAGGAGCGGCGCGGGGGCCGCAGCAGGAGCAGGAGCAGGAGUAGGGACAGGGGGCGGCUCAGCAGGCGGGAGAGCAGCGGGGGCGGCGGCAAGCGGCACCGCGCGUGA